GAGCGUUUGGUGUCCGAGCUUUCUUUGGAGCCUGAAGUUUUAUUAAACCCAUUUAUUCACCUGUAGCGUAGAUGUGGGUGCUACCGCGGGGUUUUUUAGGCCACCGCCUUCGCUUUAAGAUGGCCAAUUGCAGCAAAGUUGACUUGGGGAUGGAGGCAGUGGCGUUUUCCGCACCGAGGGAGUGAGUGAACUCCGGAGGGCACUGCUUUUUGUGUUAAACAUGACAGACCACGUGCCGCGGGCAGCGACCCGGGUUUUAGGUGGAGGUCUGUCUGAAAGUCCAGCUUCCUGGUGGCCAUGAGAUACGGUCGCUGUCGGACUGUUGCUCAGAAGAAAAAAUGUUUGGUUUUCACAAGCCAAAGAUGUACCGAAGUAUAGAGGGCUGCUGUAUUUGCAGGGCUAAGUCCUCCAGUUCUCGAUUCACUGACAGUAAACGCUAUGAAAAGGACUUCCAGAGCUGCUUUGGGUUACAUGAGACUCGUUCAGGAGAUAUCUGCAAUGCCUGUGUCUUGCUUGUGAAAAGAUGGAAGAAACUGCCAGCAGGAUCAAAAAAAAACUGGAAUCAUGUGGUAGAUGCAAGGGCAGGACCCAGUCUAAAGACUACAUUGAAACCAAAGAAAGUGAAAACUCUGUCUGGAAACAGGAUAAAAAGCAACCAGAUCAGUAAACUGCAGAAAGAAUUUAAACGUCACAAUUCUGAUGCUCACAGUACCACUUCAAGUGCCUCCCCAGCCCAGUCUCCUUGUUACAGUAACCAGUCAGAUGAUGGCUCAGAUACCGAGAUGGCUUCUGGCUCUAAUAGAACACCAGUCUUUUCCUUUUUAGAUCUCACAUACUGGAAAAGACAGAAAAUAUGUUGCGGGAUUAUCUAUAAAGGCCGUUUUGGGGAAGUCCUCAUUGACACACAUCUAUUCAAGCCUUGUUGCAGCAAUAAGAAAACAACUGCUGAGAAGCCGGAGGAGCAGGGGCCAGAGCCUCUACCCAUCUCCACUCAGGAGUGGUGACUGAGGUUUAUGUAGAAGGGGAACAAAAAAAAAAUUUUUUUUUUUUUUUUUGUAAGACAACACAGUGACCCUCCUAUUUUUAACUUGGAUACUUGCUGUUCUGCCAAAAGACAAUUUUUAGAAUGGUUUUGAAUGGGUUAUUUUUCCCCCCAUUUUCACAAACUCUGAAGCCAGUGUCUAGCUUACUAAAAGAAAAAGAGAAGUGUAUAUAAUAUUUAAGAUGCUGAGUAUUUCAUAGGAAAGCUGAAUGCUGCUGUAAAGUGCUCUUUAAGUCUUUUUUUAAAAUCCCCUUCUCAUGAAUGAAAUUAGGGGAAUUUCAGGGGACAGAGAUGGGAUUUGCUGUAUGAUAAACCAUAUGUAGUUUUAGUCUUUUCUAUAUUGAGAAGUAGUGGUUGGGGCAUUUUUUUUAAGAUGGCUGGCUACACUUGUUUUCCCUCAUGAUAGUAAAUUUGUCAUAAUUCAAUAAUAUAGACUUGCCCCUAGAGGUAUUGUUUAUAAUUUUGAAAUAUUAAGGUCUUGCCAAGGUUCUGAUGAUUCAAACCUGUACUACUGAAAUAUUAAGCAGGACAGACUAAGCUUUCUGGUGCAUAUACCUUGAAAGAAAAAGUAAUUACUAAAUAUACAGAGAGGUAACUUGACUGUAUAUGUUGCAUUCUGUGUUACCUCCCUUCAUAUUAAUAUUUGAUAAAGAUUUUAAUUUAUAUGAAACUUCUAAAGCAGAAUCAAAGCUCCUCUUGGGGAAAUGGCAAGCCUUCAGGAUAAGCGAUCCUAUAUGAGUAGUACCAAAGCAUCACCACACGGUAGAGAACACACACUAUUAAAAACGUCUGAAAAACAAAGUGUGCAAGUCUUCAAGAUGGCACAAAACAAAGGUUAAUGCUUCUUGGGGCACAUUUCUUAGAGGGCUUGCCUAGUGUGUAUAUAAUUGACUUUUGUUUGUGUUAUAGGACUGUUUGGUGACUUCAUUGAAAAUCUGCACAAUUCAGUUUUAGCUCUGGAUUACUUCAGUUGGCCUUUGUGAAGGUUUUAUCUGUGUAGAGUGGGUGUUAGACUUGUUUUAACCUAUUAGGGUUUUUUUUUUUUUUCUUUUCAAUAUUUAAAGUAAAAUUCUAGAAGAAAAGAGGUGUGUGUUAAUGCUGAGUGGGUUGGUUUUUGGUUUGGCUUCUUUUAGUCAGACUUUCUGAACAUUGACAUAUUAGGUGAUAAAUCCUGAACAUGGAGCUCUUCAAUUCUGAAAUCUCUAUUAAGAGCCUCUCACUUGAAUCCAAACCAAAGUACUCUCAUUGCCUCAUUUCUAAAAUUUCAGGAAAAAAAAAUCACCUUACAUGAGGGGAGGAGCAUUUUCGCCUACCUUCUUGUAAUAACAUGACUCAGUGCUUAUUUUUAAAACUGGAUUUUAAAAAUUGGAUAGUAUGAAUAACAAGAAGUGAGCCACUGUUUAUAGGCACCCUAUAGUUUUAUAGCUCUUAAUCUAAACUUAAGAUUCUGUAUUUCUUCCUUUUGGAAAAACCUACAUGCUACAUGCCAUCAAAUGCACAGACUAUACAGUGAGUUGGGUCGGCUCUCCCACAGCCUUUGAGGUGUAUUACAAGAGUCCCAGCCAUUAUCAUCUUCCUCCUGAGUUAUAUUUGAAAUGGUUUUGUUUUUUGGGUUUUUUUUUUGUACAUUUUGACUGCAGUAUUGGUGGUAGAAUAUACUAUAAUAUGGAUCAUCUCUACUUCUGUAUUUAUUUAUUUAUUACUAGACCUCAACCACAGUCUUCUUUCUCCCCUUCCACCUUUCUUUGCCUGUAGGAUGUACUGUAUGUAUGUAGUCAUGCACUUUGUAUUAAUAUAUUAGAAACCUACAAAUCUGUUUUUUACUUUUUAUACUGUUGGAUACUUAUAAUCAAAAGUUUUACUAGGGUAUUGAAUAAAUUUAGUCUUAUUAGAAAAUAAAAGAAGCUUUUUUGUGGCUUUA